CGGGGCACUAAGGAGCGGGGCGCCCGCGGGGAGGCAAGGAGCUCGCCGCUGCUUCAGGCGUGUCACCACUGGUCCCGCGGGCGCCCCGCGCACCCCAUCGGGGUCCGCCUCGCGGGAGGUGAGUCGUCUGCUCCCGCCACCCGGACGCCGCUCCAGCGCCGUAGGCUCCUGUGCUACCCUCCGCGGCCCCGCGGACGACGACGUCCGAGCCGCUCGCCCUCAGGCUCCGCCCCCGCCGAGCGCAGCGCAGAGGCCCGCAGGCCGCGUGGAUGACCGCCAGCGAGGCCGAGGGCUGCGGGGCGGUCUCCCCGGGGUGCAGGCUCAGCAGCUGGAAUCCUGUGCCUGAGAAGGAAAACAAGCCACACCCAAGGGCCACAUCCAGGAAGGCUGCAGUGACUCCAGCCAGGACUAAGAGCUGCCAAAUUGUUUUCCAAAGAGCUUGUACCAGUCCACGGCCACUAGCCAACACCAUUUUAGCCUCUGUUUCCACACGGUGUUGGAGAAGAGGCCCUUGUGGAAGCCACGCUCGCACAGCCAGUUCCCUGCUCUCCCCGUACUCCCUACGUCCCUCUGGCUGGGCAGUUGGAGACCCAUGCUGUUCGGCUCUGAGACAGAACUGUGUCUGCAGUGGCAUCAGCAUGUCAUCCUCAGUGAGGGCCCAGGCGCUAGAGGAGACCAGUCCUGGCUCUGCAGAGAAGCUGAGAGGAAAGUCUCUUUUCACCUGGGGUUCUCUUUUCGGUCAUCGGACCGAAGGCAGCCCCAGUGAGAGUGUGCUGACUGUCACCAUCACAGAGACCACGGUCAUCGAGUCGGACCUGGGCGUGUGGAGCUCGCGGGCGCUCCUCUACCUCACGCUCUGGUUCUUCUUCAGCUUCUGCACCCUGUUCCUCAACAAGUAUAUCCUGUCGCUGCUGGAGGGCGAGCCCAGCAUGCUGGGUGCCGUGCAGAUGCUGUCAACCACAUUUAUCGGAUGUAUCAAAAUAUUUGUACCUUGCUGUUUAUAUCAGCACAAAACCCGGCUUUCUUAUCCACCCAAUUUCAUCAUGACUAUGCUAUUUGUGGGUCUAAUGAGGUUUGCAACAGUGGUUUUGGGUUUGGUCAGCCUGAAGAAUGUGGCGGUUUCGUUUGCUGAGACCGUGAAGAGCUCCGCCCCCAUCUUCACCGUGAUCCUGUCUCGGAUGAUUCUAGGGGAGCACACUGGGUUGCUGGUCAACCUCUCUCUCAUCCCGGUCAUGGGAGGGCUGGCGCUGUGCACGGCCACUGAGAUGAGCUUCAAUAUCCUGGGGUUUUCAGCCGCAUUAUCCACCAACAUCAUGGACUGUUUGCAAAAUGUUUUUUCAAAAAAGCUCCUCAGUGGGGACAAGUACAGGUUCUCGGCCCCAGAGCUGCAGUUCUAUACCAGCGCUGCCGCCAUGGCCAUGCUGAUCCCAGCCUGGAUCUUCUUCAUGGAUGUGCCGGUGGUUGGAAGGAGUGGGAAGAGCUUCAGCUAUAGCCAGGACAUCGUGGUGCUGCUUCUGACUGAUGGUGCCCUGUUCCACCUGCAGAGUGUCACAGCCUAUGCCCUCAUGGGGAAAAUCUCCCCUGUGACUUUCAGGUGGCCCUCACUGCUGGAUGGACCUUUGCUGCCUGGCUCUCCUGGAGGGAUAGUGACACUGCAGCCCUGGGGCCACCAGGUGAGCUGAGCUCAUUCUUAACACAUGUCACUCAACCCCCAGGGCUGGAAAGCCUGUUGAGUGCAUGUUUGGCUAUGCCAGGUGUCAGGCCACGUGUCAAGCUGAGGCUUCUGUCUUGCAUCCUGAGAAAUUGAUUCAGGGCAUCACCUAUCGCCAGCCAGCCUCAACACACUGUCCACCACCCAGACCUCUGUGUACCACCCAGAUCUCUGUCCACCUUCCAGACUUCUGGCGCCUGUUGGACACAGCCACUUGGCGCUGAUUGUUACCUGACUCUCAUUUCUCCUCCUGCUGUUCAGGUCUUUGGUGGCCAUAAUCAAUUCACUGGUUUUCCAGCUGGCUUCCCACCUGGAAAAUACGAAAACAGCCCCUCCUAAAGAUAAAAUCUCUCAGAAACAAAGAGCAAUAAUACGUCUCAUUAGUUCCUACCUACUUGAAAGUUUGCCGUGAUGAUGGAACAACUCCAACUUUCUAGCCCACUGGCCACCUGUGUGGGAGCUGACCUGAGUCUGGAGGGUGGCAGGUCCCCACCCACCUGCAUGGCUUGCUCCUCUUCCCAGAACAGGUUUGCUCCUGUGAGUUUCCCCAGGUUUCUAUGUCCCAUACUCUUUUUCUGCUUCUGCCCACAAUGAAAGAAAAGAAAAUUUGGUGGAGUUGGCCAGGUGGGGAACGAUGGCAGAUGGACCUGUGAAAACUGGAUGGAAAAGACCCCCCCACCCCAAAUGGGCAGCUGCUACAAUAGGACUCAGACAGGACAGGCGUCUCUGAGGUGGCUGGGGGCAGGGUUUCUGCUAUGGUUGGAGGGUAAGUAGAGGCCCAGCCACCUGGUUUCCAAGUGCUGUCCUGGGCUCUGCUGCCACAUGCCAUGUGAGGUCAUGAUGCUCCCCAUCAUGGUACCCCUUCCCUCCACUCUUACAAGCAGCUUUCAGCCCGUUUUGAUUUUCUAAAUUUGUGAACCAGAAACAAAAUAAACAUUUUCCUAAAUUAUUCGCAAGUAAAGAAAUUUUCCAUAAAGUUGCUUUUGAGACCUUUCAUAACUCCAGGGGAAGGUACUGUAGAACCUGCCCUGUGGCCAACAGUGAUUUCCUCUCCCAGCCACAUCAGUGCUCAAGUCAGUUUCCAGCUGCCACUUCUCAAAGCACUUCCAGGACAGCUCCACACCAAAAGUCAAACCUGACAGGCCUAGCUUGAACAUCUAAUGAUUGGACCGACACAGUAUUUUUAAAACUAACUCUUUCUAGUGCUUUUACAGAAGCAUAUGUUCUUGUUGAACUGUCACAACUGUGUUCAUAGAGACAUUGACACUACAUGUCAUUACUUCUACUGGGUUAAUUCUUCUUGCCUGUGGUCACUGUCUGUAUCUUUGUAAACAAAACUCUUAAACUAGACCUUCAAGUUGAGUCAUAUGCUUGCUUAGAGGUAUAUAGAUCUCUAACUUUCAAGGAAAUUUCCCCUACUGAAUGGCAUGAAAAGAUUUUUUAAUUCUGUUAGUCAUAAUUUCCUAUAUAACAGGAUUAAAAUAAUUUGCCUGCCUGAAAAAUUGAGAAUACUGUUGCACAAUCCAAAAUAUGUCUUUCAUUUGAGAAAAAUAAACAUAGUGAAUCAGAAAUAGGAAAAAAAAAAGGCUGUGCAAAGAGUAUCAGCCAAAUAGAGCUCAACUGUGUAGCUUUUAACAUACUUGCCACAAAGCCACUGAGUUUUACUUCCUGCUUGAUACUCCUCUUAAUGGUCACUUGGACAGGUCUGUGGGGAUGACAAGCAGGACAGCUUUUUAUAUCCAUCCAUGAUGUGCUUUCCAAGGCCUGGUAGUGUUUUCACUGUUUCCUUGGGUUGGGUGUGAUUACAGACAGAAUUCCACGUUUAUGUUUUUGCCUUUGACCAGUAUUGUAUUUUAAUUGUUUCCCAGAAUAUGUAUGGGCCCCUAGUUGGGACUUUUCAUUUUCUUAGUUUGUAAAGAUCAUCUCAGCUCCCCUGAUGAAUCUGGCUAUCUCUGUCUUGGCUGAGGGUCCACGAAUGGGCCCUGGAGAUCAUGCAGACCGCUCAGCUACUCACACUGCAGCUCAGGGCAUGGAGAUCUUCCCAGCCCUACCUUUGCUAUAGCUAAAGUGUUUCUUCCAGUUUUACUGGGGGCUGACUCUGAGUUUAGUGACUAUCGGAUCCUUGCUUAGACAUCCAAUUGGCAAAGUCCUUUUUUGUCUGUUGUUUUCAGUUUUCCAUUUGCAGAAAAAUGGGAUUCAGCUAAUUUGCUACUUCUAAACUAUUCCCAGACAGAUGUGUGAAUCUGAACCUUCCCAAGGGCUGCUGUAGGCUCUACCUUGAGGGCCAUAGUUAUGAUGACUGCUACAUUGAAAAACUUGAAAAUUGUGUCAGUAAUCAUCUACAUCAAAGCCAAAUUAUAUUUGCUUUAUACCAAACAGAACUGUGGAGGCCUAAACGUACAUUGUACAAAAUGUUUGUAGUGUUUUGUAUGUCACCUGUUUCAGUAUUUAUGUAACUAGAUUAGUGCUUUCUAGUGAGUCACUGUUAAUUCUGCUGUGGUAAUAAAUUGAUACUAUAUAAUUAAUCCUGUGGAUACCUUCUGGUUACUUCAAGCAGCCAUGGUAAGAAACUAUGACUCUUGCUCUGCAAAAGUAAAAUAAAUGUUAAAUAUGUCCUCCUU